GAAGCGUUUCUUUGUAAGGCUCGCGCGCUCAAAGGCAAAUAACAGUUUCUUUGAAAGGCUCGCGCGCUCAAGGGCAGAGAAGAGUUUCUUUGAAAGGCUCGCGCGCUCAAUGGCAAAGAAGAGUUUCUUUGUAAGGCUCGCGCGCUCAUGGGCAGAGAAGAGUUUCUUUGUAAGGCUCGCGCGCUCAAGGGCAGAGAAGAGUUUCUUUGUAAGGCUCGCGCGCUCAACACUUAAUGAAUGUCUGACGGUGUUGAUAAAAAGUGGGGACACAACUUUAAAAUCUUAUGGAACAAGCAUGUCUUUCUCAUCAUUAUUUUUAUUUAUUUUUUUAUCCAUUUUAUUGCAUAUGAAUGACUGAACCCUUCUCUGUAGACACACUGUUUUAGAUGUAGUGAGAAGACAACAAGUCAGCAGUUACAGUUGCUGGACUUGUUUUGGAAUCAGUAGGUUGAGGUCUGAACUUUGACUGGGCCUUUGUAACACCUCAAUUUUUUUCCUUUUUCAGCCAUUCUGGUUUAGAUUUGCUGCUGUGCUUGUGAUUAUUGUCCUGUUGCAUGAUCAGAUUUGAGCCAAACCUUGGGGUGAGUUUGCUGGGAAGUCCACCCCUAAAGACUGGCAACUGUCUUUAAUGUUUUUCACUUGUGAAUAAUAUUCCUUGCUUGAAUAAGGUUAGCUAUAUUAUAGCCUAACGUUAUCCAUGGUGAAAGUGGAGCGGGCUGUCGGACAACCCUCUCUCUAAAUAGAGCGUAAUCCGGACACAGAUAUUUCCUGAGGGGAGUCGAUUUCUCAGAGGAAGUUGGCCGAGAAGCUGUAAUUUUAUGAUGCACGAACAAAUGGAAAACCCCACUUGUUUGUGAACUGCUGCAGUUUGCGCUGUCUGUUUUUUGGCUCACAAAAAAAGGAACAGUUUAAGAGGACAGUUUACAAGACAACUCAACUUUUUAUGCGUUUUGGCCGCUCAUGUAGCUUCACGAAUGAAAACAAUUUCAAAGCGCCAGAUUUCGAAAACAGUCUCCGCGUAAACACCAAAAACGCGAAUCUGUGAGAACGAUUACGUCAUGCACAUGCGUAUUACAUAUUCAGUUUAUAGUAUUUCAUCGCCAUAUAAUAGCCUACAGUCCUUUCGGUUUCGAAUGCUCAAGUGCAUGACUCACACACACAGUCCAGCCCAAUCACGCGGCGGUAUAUAAACAUAGUCCACUGCACUGCUUUGCACUAUUCUGUCAAGAUUAUACUACGCAGAGGUGCUCAUGAAGACGGAUACAUUUAAUUAUGUAACAUAUCAGCAGAUGUUUUGACGGAGACACGGAUCUCAUAAUUUUAUUCAUGUUUACGUUUUCUUUGGAGAAGAAUGACAACACGCUGAACUAUUCUACAUAAUGAUUACACGUGGAUGUACAAUUCUGUCUACGGACGUGUUCAGCGUUUCCCUCCAGAAAUGUUUGAUGAGAUUACAGGCAGAAUGUGUCUUCAGCUAUUUGCUCCACUGUGUACCUAAUAAUAAACCAAACCCCAAGAAGGUGGAAAUGUAGCCAUUCAGAGCUCCCCAUCUCUUCCUAGGCCUGAUGACAAAUCUGGUUCUGAGGUGGAGCUGGAUAUUUGAUAUGAGGACAGAUUUACUCCACUAUUCCAUGUGCCUCACUUCAUUAUUUCUGUAUGUGCUGAUCAUGUUGACAAGACAGAUCAAGUGUCAAUCAAUAUGCAGCAGAGAGAGUGUGGAUAUGGUGAAACGGAUUACAGUGGAACUGAGCAAAGUGGUGUGGUUUCUCUCAUUACAGGAAAAUGAUUGCAUGCUGUACACACCAACUAUAGCAGAUUAUGAGAACUGCUCCAGGUCCGUGCUUACAUGUUUUGCAUUGGAACUGAAUGUUUUGUUUGUUGAAAUCCAGAGUGUGGCCAGGUUGUCUCAGCAACUACUAAGGAUUCUCAAGAAGCUGAAAUAUAAGGACACAAUGAAGUCAUGCCCAGACUGUGAGCUCUACCAAGAAAAAAAAGCAAAGACUUUUCUGGAAACCUUACAAAACAUUUUACAACGGAUAAACGCUGAAAAAACUUGUCCUCCGAGGAAUGUUAAGAGACAUUUAGAGAACUUAACGCAAAAACCAUUAAGAACAUGAUCUGAAGGAGCAGCUCUGUUGAUCCCUGAAGCGGUUAUGGAGAAGUUUCUUAGUGGCAAAACAGACACCAUAUAUUAAGCUACACACCUACAGUACAUAUCCAUCUGUAUAUGAACAUGCAAAGAUAUAUUUUCUUAAAUAAACGACUUUUGUGGAAUAUUU